AUGAACAGGUACGUAGUUAGACUGUACCGCUUCUCGCUAAUUAACCGUGUGAGUUUUCCCAUUUUUUAUCGUAAAGUUAGUACAAUUAAUCAUUUAACACUCUACAAUACUUGCCGAAACUUUACUAGCGCCAAAAAUGAUUUAGAAGUAGAACAAUCCACUGAUCCUGACACUUUUUCAACGGAAACUACUGAAGUUGAUAGCGUUGAAGGAUUGAAGAGCAAGAUUGAUGAAUUGGAACAAAAAUUAGCCGCGGCAGAGGAGAAACUUUCAGAAUACAAAAACAAGUUGUUGCGAUCGCUGGCGGAAUGUGAAAACACACGAACAAGGUACAUUAAGGAGGUUGAGAAGGCUCAGCAUUAUGGAAUUACAAAUUUUGCCAAAUCAAUAUUAGACGUGGCAGAUUCGCUUGAACUAGCCACAAAAUCUAUAGACAUAAAUACCCUUGAAAAGGGCACAGAGUUAGCCAAUGUAGUGGAUGGAAUCAAUUUGACAAUUGAGGUUUUGAAUAGCAAACUGAAUAAUUUUGGGAUACAGCGGAUUGAAGCAUUAGGAGAAAUUUUCGAUCCACAAAAACACGAAGCUCUAUUUGAAGUUCAAGAUGCUAGUAAACCUAAGGGUACUGUGUCACAGGUUCUACAGCCAGGUUAUGUUAUAAAGGAUAGGAUUCUAAGGGCUGCAAAAGUGGGCGUCGUUGUCUCUACUGGAUAA